CCCGUUAAGAAGAUGUUUCCCGUUUGUAAAUUUGCACUCGUUUACUUUCGGAACACUUCAAACAACCGUUUUCCCUUUAUGAUCUCGGUAUCUGCCAACAUGUCAUUGAGAGCUGUACCUGUGAACAUUGCCGGUCCAAUCAGAUAAGGAGUAAAAUUUUGAUAUUUCAGUAAAGGGCGGGGUCACUUGAUAAAAAAAAUGCGUCAGUUGUAACGUCGCAGUUGCACCAUUUAUGCGAGAAAAUCAGCAGUAUGGCUUCUUCAAAAUUUGUAGGAAGUGAUCCUGUUGAUAUUAAAGUGCAUUACGAAUAUCACGGGACGCAAAGAUGUGCUCUGAUAGAUUGCAACUAUGCUGAUUUGUUUGGAAUGGGAUAUACUGAAUUCGAACAUUUCCUGAAAUCGGAGAUACCAUUUUUACAGAGACUUUUCGUACUGAAAAUAAGUUUUCUUGAUGAUGAGAAUACCUACGUGGACCUGACGGAGCGAAAUUACCACAGAUUUUUGAAAUAGCAACGCACGCGUUCAAAAGUGGAACUCCGAAAAUCAGUGUGAAAGUACAGGAGGGUAGUUCUCCAGCGGUCAAAGGACUGCCGAGUCUAGGAUCUUUUAACACGGAUGGAACUUCUACAUCCAAGCGAUCUCUGAACUUUCCAGAUGACAACGAAUAUAGCCUAGAUUGUACUAGUAAAUACAGAAGUCCCAUUGAAUUGGAAAUAGACUUAAAACAACGCGAAGUCAUGUUAAAGAACAACGAAUUAAGUGAAAUUACGAAACAAUACGAUAAAGUUUGGCAGGAAUACAAUCCCGUUCCUGCUGUUUUCACGGAUAAUUCGAAAGGUUUAUGUACCAGAUGCCAUCUGCGACUCGGACACACGAAAAAUCGUUGUCACAUGGAUGAAUGCAUUUCAUCAUCAGUAUGUGGAUUGAUAGAGCGUCACCCAGCUGAAAAAAAGGAAGUGCAAGAACUGUCAAAAAAGAAACAGAAGAUUGAGGGUGAACUGAAAGCACUAUAAUGUGAGCUAAAAAUGAAGGAAAAAAUAUCUGCUGAAGCAACUAGUUCCUUUGAAGCUAAAAUUCAUGACAUAUUAAUCCGUACAAAUCCUGCCAAGUAUCUAACAAACAAUAGAAGGCCAAAAGAAGGAGUUAUUCUAGCAGAUUCAUAUAUUUUAAAACAAUACUAUGGUAGCAAGAACCCUUCAAAGGACGACCUUGAACGAGACAGUGAUAUAUUUCAAACUGUUGUUCGCUCAUACGAAGAAAAAGUGAACAAACGGAGUAACAAACCAAAAAAUAGUGUAGCUAAACAGUUAGAUAUUCAGUUGAAUACAAAUACAUGUUCUGCUGUUGGAGAAAAUUUACAGGGUUCUUCUAUGCUUUACCCUUAUCCCUAUCCAUAUGUCUGGAAUUACGGUCAAAGUUUUGUGCCGAAUUUUGGUUCACCUGGACAGAGUACAUCGCAAAUAUUUGGGUCAAACUUCAGACCGUUUGAUACAGUCCAAGCAUCACCACAAGCACCAGUGGAGACGCCGCCACCACCACCACCACAAGAGGGCUGAUUUUAUUUGUGAUAAUGUACAUGUGACUGAAAACAAAUCUGUUUGUUUGUUUUGUGUUCUUUUUUAAAAGUAUAUAGACUAUUAAUUGUUGCAUAAAAUGCACAGGGUCACUAAAGUUUUGUCUUUUAUCAAACUUAAUAUGUAUCAUGUCCGUUUACCAUUGUUUUACUAGAUCUAGCUAGCUUUAAGAACAAGGAGUUCAUGCAGAUAUGUGACUUAAAUAUAUUUGAAAUAUAUAUAAAAUAUAGACAUUACCCGGCAUUAGAUUUUGAAAAUAUAAGAAUGCACAAGUUCUUUCUUAUUUGUUCAGUUUGUUUUGAUAUUGUAAAUAAACAACAUUGAUUAAUCUGUAGUUAUGUAUUGAAUUUUCUACAAAGUUUGAGGGGACACAUGUUGACAAAGAAAUGAUCCUUAGUUUCUAGCUUGACUAUUUGAAGAAUAGUCUAGCUAUUCUACUCAUCCUGGCGUUGGCGUCAGCGUCACACCUUUGCCUAAUAGUACAUACAGUUUCCAACACCAGGUUCCCAUCUUAAAGGUCAGAGUCACAGUUGGAGGUCAAAGGUCAUGUCAGAUCUUGUCCGGCCCAUAACUUUGACAUGCAUUGAGGAUUCUUGUUCAAAUUUUGCAGAAAUUUUUACCUCGAUAAGACAAAGUGUCUUAUGCAAACCCCAGGUUCCUAUCUCAAAGCUCACAGUUAGGGGUCAAAUGUCAUAGAGCUUUCCAGCCCAUAACUUUGAUAAGUAUGAAGCAAUCUUCUUUCUUUGGUGUUAAUGUUCACCUAUAUGAGACGGACUAUUGUACGCAGCAUCCCUAUCCCAAAGGUCAUGGUCAAACUUCGGGGUCAUAGGUCAUUUUAGAGCUUGUUUGGGCUGUAACUUCGCCAUGCAUAAAGCAAUCUUUUUAUUUGGCAUAAAUGUUUGCCUCAGUAUGACUGUUGGUGCAACCCCAAUCCCCUAACUCAAAGGUCAAGGCCAUACUUAGAGGCUAAAGGUUAAAACUUUGUGCUGUUGGUCCUUUUGACAACUGGCGGGGAAGGGUAACUUUAAAGAUCUUCCCGCCAGAAUCUG